AUGGCUGAAAACUCCUUUGCCUGGGCGGCCAGCAAGAACUUACUGCGAGUAAACGAAGUGCACAAGUGCGAAGAAGCCCGUUUGGUGCUGGAGGAGAAAUUCUCGAACAGGUCCGAGCGGGGCAGCAUGAAGUCGAUGAGUGCCACAGGGGAAGACGUGGACGGCUAUAUGCUAGAGGAUGAUGUUCCCUUGGCCGAAGAGACGGAUCUAAGCCACAAGCCUGCCGACGCCACCGCCAAAGGCAAGUCCUUCGUCAUGCAAGCAUCGGGCAGCUGUAUGUUUGGUAGAUGUUCUCCCAACCUCGUACUAAAUACUCUCGGCCUAGGUAUGUGUUCCCGACCAUCCAGAAGACUGACAACCCUGUCACGAUCCUCCCCAGCUUCCUCUCGGUCUUGGGGAAGAAGAUUGAGAAUGGGUGUAUCGAGCAGGACAUAG